AUAGUUCGACCUUUUCAAAGAAAACAAGUUUAUUAGGUUGAAAAGUUAACUCAUGAAAAUGAAUAGCUUGAUUAGAAAGCAAUUAUUCCGGCUUGCUGUUUCAACCGUUUUUAAUUGAACGUUAUGCAAUGCGUAUGUGACGAAGUAUAUAAAAUGUGCAUUUGAUGCUACGAAAAUUUAUAAAUAAGUUGCUAUUUAAAGUAUUGCAAGGUUAUCUUGCAUCUAAAUAUAGACACGUUCACCUUGCACCUACAAGAUUUGUAAAAAGUUCGAGAGUGUCCUUGAACAUUUAUAUUUUCAAUCUCUACUCAGGUAAGGAAAGGGCAAUUUAUAUAUGGAAUAAGUCAUCGACGUGAUUCAAAUAUUAAUUGAGAUAAGUGCAUUAACGGCCUAUUUUUAAAACCAAAUUGCGAAAUGUGGCAGAUUUUUUAAUGUUUACUAGCAGUCUAUGUUACUUUCUUCGCCAAGGUAGGUCAUUCUGUGGAAUGUUUUUGAAGAGUUGCUUCGUUGUAUUUUUUCUGCUAAACAAUGAAGGUGAAGGUGUUGAUGGAGUAUGGCGAAAAAAAACAUUACAAAUGCUUUAUUGAGAGCCUCCGAAAGGACUUUUUGAAAGAUAAACUCGAUUGCAAUGAAAGCGCUGAAAAACUCGCCAAAUCACCACAAAAAUCAUCCUGUUGGAAUAAAAAUAACGAUGUUUCUGAUAAAAAUAACAAUAUUUCUGUUAAAAAUAACAAUAUUUCUGUUAAAAAUAGCAUAGACGUAAUCGAUGUUUCUGAUACAGAAGAAUCGACGAUUUCUCAAACCAGCAAUGGCCGCCCUCAAAUCAACAGGAAAAAAAGCGGUACAGUUGAUACCACAUGGCUUGAGAAAAUGGAUAUUAAGUACGUACCAUUGGAUUAUUCAACGAUAGAGGAACAUGCUAAUUCGAAUGGUGAGUAUUCUAAUUGUAGUUCUAAUGCCUUUCCUGUACAAAAUGGAGGGGGUGGUCUGCGUAAUCCGAAGUGUGCGCGGUGCAGAAAUCAUGGCAAAAGUGUGGAUUUGAAAGGACAUAAGCGACAUUGUGUGCAUCGCAGGUGUAAGUGUGAAAAGUGCAUGGUGAUUGCUGAAAGGCAAAAAGUUAUGGCGAAGCAAGUUGCUUUGAGACGUGCACUUAUUCAGGAUGAAGUUAUGGGGAAAAUGGUUCCCAAGACAACGGAAGUAGUUACCAAAGACAUGGAUUAUGACGAUGAUGAUAGUGAUAGCUGCAUUGAGAUAGAAAAUAAUAAGUUUGUUGCUGAGGGGACGCAAACUGAUCCUGAUAUCGAAGAAAAAAUAAGAACUAUAUCUGAUGUCAAAAGUCAAAAAUAUCAUCAAGAUAAAAUGUCAAAUGACACAAACACAAUUGAUGAAGAGAAAGCUCAGCAACUCAAACGGGUAAAGCAGUCACCAAAAUGUGCAAAAUGUAAAAAUCACGGUGUUGAUAAUAAUUUAAAAGACCACAAAAGACACUGCAGAUGGGAAAACUGCAGAACUCCUGGAUGUAAUAAAAUUGAAACGCGUCGCAGAAAAACGGCAAAAUUAAUGGCUGACAAACGGCGUAAAAAAGCAUCUGAAGAACAAUUAAAUCAGAACUCAGCUUUUACUUUAGUUCACGAAGACAUGAAAAAAGACAUAUUUCUCGGACGGCGCUUCCACGAGGAACCCAGGGAUUUCCAAAACAUUUACAAUAACCCGGUGGGAAAAAAUCCGAACGAUGAUUUUCUGAACGGUCACCCAAAACCAAACAGUGAAAUCGCUGAUGUACACUCACAUCAGAAUGGUUAUGCUCAGGAAUUUAGGAAUGGUUACGUCAAAAAUUCCGAAAAAAAUCGGGAAAUGAGCUCUAACUCUAGUCUGAAGGAAAUUCGGGGAGUGAAAAGGAAAAUCACCGAGGACAAUAACAGGGUGAAUAAAAUUCCGAAAAAAGAAAGGAAACGAUGCAACUCCCCUGAAGUUCCUGCUGGAAGCGUUAUCAAGGAGGAUCAAGGCAGUUUUUUGUCGGAUGAUCCCGAUCCUGAUCCUGUUUCGGGAGAAAGCGUCGGAGACGUUAAGGAGAAAAAACGUCACCCAACUUGUGCAAGAUGUAGGAAUCACGGUUUUAUAACUGCUUUAAAGGACCAUAAGCGUUUCUGCGACUGGGCGAAUUGUGGGUGUCCUAAAUGCUUGCUUGUUAAAGAGCGCCAAGAUAUAAUGGCGAAACAGGUAGCUCUGAGGCGGCAGCAGGCUCAAGAUGCGGCGCGGAAAGAACUGGAGAGAAAACAGCGAUUAUUGAAUCAUCAGACUGAUUCAAAUAUGAUAAGUGAACCAAUUCAGAAACCGCCAACCCCUGUCAUGACAGAAGCUCAACAAACUGCAUCGUCUGCAUUCACAAUGACGCAAAGUGCUCCGACAGUGAUUUCACGGCCCUCAUCUAAUCAGCCUAAUUCCGCUUUCAAGCCCAUUUAUCCCUCUCCGAAUGCGGGAGGUAUCAGUUCACAAGAAAUCAUACUUCUUCACGAAAAUCUGAAGAAAGUGUUCAAUCACUUCAGUCAGUAUCAUCAGUCUCCUACAUUCAUUCACACACUUUAUCUGACGAUAUUAAGAGACAAUGCCUAUGACCACGAAGUUGUGAUACAGAAAAUCCUAGACGGUAAGAACCUUUAUUCUAUGUUCCAUUCCAGNUUGCAGAGUUAA